AUGAGGCUGAAUUAUAGGACUCUCUUCAAAUUGUUGAUACGGGUCUACUUUCUUUCCAGAAUGUUCGGGGGGCAUGGAGACAUAGAAACUUAUGAUGAUGACCUUUAUCGUGAGGAGUCAUCCAGCGAACUAAGUGUUGACAGUGAGGUAGAAUUUCAUCUCUAUAGCCAGGUCCAUUAUGCACAGAGUCUUGGAAAAGUCAAUGGGCAGGAAGAGAAUGAGGAGAUAGUGGACUCUGUAGAGAAGCAAGUUCAGAGUUCAGUUUUGAUCAAUAAAUUGGACCAGGGCAAGAACCUUAUAUUUUCGGACAAUGAUGUUAUUCAGAUUUCAGAUGGCCCUGAGGUCAUCAUCUUGUCUGACACACCUGAUGAAGACAGUGUUUACAAAAGCAAAGUGAAGAAGACAGCAACCUCCCUAACACCAGCUAAACAAUAUAGUCAACCAGGAUGCUCCACACGGAACCCUACUAGAGCUUCUGCACCCACUACCUUGGAUUCUGAUGCAAAAAAGUCAAGUAAAGAGAAAAGAGCUAGUGAGAAGUCUAAACCAACUUCUGCUGGUAGAGUACGCAUGAUCCAAGAGAUUCUGGUAAUAGAGGAUAGCUCAAAUGAUGAGGAAGAAGAGGAGAGCACGAUCUCUGAAAGUGAUAAUGUGGAGAGCUGGAUGCUAUUGGGAUGUGAUACAGAUGUCAGAGAUGAAAAUAUCAUUUUGAACAUUGAAGGCUGUGGAACUGCUGUCAGUGAAGGAGAAGAUGGAGUGGACUGGUCCAUCAGUGAUAAAGACCUAGAGGCACAGAUUGGUAAUUAUGCACCCCUGAGACGCACCAGCAGAUACUAUGCAACAGACAAAAAUGUUACUUGUAGAAAUUGUGAUAAACGGGGUCAUUUGUCCAAAAACUGUCUGACUCCAAAGAAAAUCCCCCCUUGUUGCCUGUGUGCAGAGAGAGAUCACCUACAAAAUACCUGCCCAGCACGGUUUUGUUUAAACUGCUGUUUGCCUGGACACUGUUCUAGGGAGUGCCUUGAGAGAGCUUAUUGGCAUAAACAUUGUAACCGCUGUGAUAUGAAAGGCCAUUAUGCUGAUGCUUGCCCAGAAAUAUGGAGGCAGUAUCACCUAACAACCAGACCAGGAUCAAUCACGAAGUCCAGUUCGUAUUCUGAGCAUUCUGCUUUGGUGUACUGCUACAACUGCUCCCAGAAAGGACAUUAUGGAUAUGAGUGCUCAGAGAAGCGGAUGUACAAUGGGGCAUUCCCUUCUUCCCCAUUCAUCUACUACUAUGAUGAUAAGUAUGACAUCAAGAGGAGAGCUCAGAGGGCAAAGAGAAAGGUUGAAGAACUUCAAGAAGCCGGUCUUUUGCCAGCGCAGUUCAAGAGACUGCGCAAGGAGGAAGAGCGCAGGGGACAGUGUCUUAAGAAAAAGAAAAACCUUUGGAAAGAGCAUGUCAAGAGUCCUAAAGAAGAAAAGCGCCACAAAAAGGCCAAUAAGAAGUCCUGGGCAGAGGAACACAAAGAGAAGAAACACAAGAAAGAUGUCCAAAGGAAUAACGACCAGGAGGAGGACUUUCCUAGGGGGGGUAGAACACAAUCCCCUAAGGGCAGCAAAAAGGGCAGCACAAAGCAUCACAGCUCUGCCUUCUCUCCACAUGGCAGGAAAACAAAAAAUGGCCAGGAGCUGCUGGAUGCAGCUAAAAAGAAGAAGAAAAAGAGAAGGCAGAGAAACAAGAAAGACAGUAGUUCCACCAUUGAUGAGAGCUUAUUCCUUAUAAAACAGAGGAAAAAGAAAUCAAAACAGGAAUCCAGCUGCUAACCUGUCAACAGAAAGCUACGGUGGGAGGGGGGCGUAACUCACCACCGUUUUGCAAUGGUAUUUUUCUGACCCUGUGCUAAGAUGUAGAAUUUGAAUCCACCUUUGCAUACAGGCUUGGAUGUGUAAAACCAACACGACAAAGAAUACUGAGCUUGUGACUCUCAGC